UCCUCACAGAAAGUUGAAGACUUGAUGGAAAUGGUGAAGAGGUUGCAGAAAGUGGGAAGCCUAGAGCCCCGGGUUGAGGUCCUGAUUAACCGGAUUAAUGAGGUUCAGCAAGCAAAAAAGAAAGCCAGCGAAGAGCUGGGAGAGGCCCGGACUGUCUGGGAGGCCCUGCAGAAGGAACUGGACUCACUGAGUGGAGAGAAAGUGCGCCUGAAAGAGACCUUGAGCAAAAAGCAAGAGACCCUCCGGACCCUCCGGCUGCACUGCCAGGAGAAGGAGAGUGAGGCGCAGAGGAAGCAGACCCUGCUGCAGGACUACAAGGAGCGGAUUUCUGCACUGAACUCGGAGAUUGAGGAAGAGAAGCGCAAACAGAGGCAGCUGAGAUUGGAUUUCGAGGAACAGUUGGAAGAUCUGAUGGGCCAGCACAAGGACCUCUGGGAAUUCCAUAGGCCAGAGCAGCUGGCGCGAGAGAUUGGCACCCUGGACAGCAGCAAGGAGCAGUUGCUCAAGGAAGAGAAAUUGGUGGAGGCAAAGCUGGAGGACGUGAAGCAUCGUCUGUGCUCCCAGUUUGGGGCCAAGGGCUGCUCUGCCAUCACCGAGGGGCUCUUCCUCCGCAGCAAGGAGGCAGCAGCUGCAGUACAUCUGUUCGAGGAAGAGAACAGAAGGGCCCAGGAGCUCCUGGAUAACACUGCCCAGCGCCAUGAGCAGUUGCAGGAGAAGUGCAAGCAGCUGCAGCAGAAGAAGCAGAGGCUGAAGGAGGAGCUGGAAAACCUCGGAGUCCAGGUCACUGCUCAAGUCCAGGACAAGCAAGAGGACAUGGCCAGCCCAGGAGAAGCUACCAAUCCAAAUCCCCUCAGAGUCAGCAAGGAGAAACGCUGCCCACCAAGCAGGACCUGAUACCAUCCUAGGCAAGGAGGCACCACCCUGCCCUGGAGCCUGCGCCAUGGGCUUCAGGAAAUAAAGGCAC